AUGUUAGGGAUCUUGUCACUUAAACGAGCUGUGGGCAUACUUGUUCUAGUGACAGCCUUAAUCCUUAUGCUCACAAGCUGGCUCGAGACAUCAAAUACCCAAAACUGCUCUUUUCGUAGCACAAUGUCUAUCCAACGCCUUCGUUUGGCCCGAUCGACACCCGAUACACCUCACACACUCUCCUUUGGCCUCUGGGGACAGUGUGCCAUAUACGACUCUCACUGCUCAUGCACACCAACCUCCCUUUCUUACACCCCAGACAACCGUCUUGUAGCAACUACUGCUGGUCAGAUAGCCAAGAUCGUUCUUGUAUUUUUGUCCAAUAUUUCCUUGUUCCUUGCCGUCAUUUCUUAUCACCUGCCCAUACUACAUCCCUCAGUCUGCCUUUCAUUGACCUUACUCGCACUUGUCUGGAUAGCAAGUGGAUUUGGAGUCUCCUACAACCACUACCACCAACAAAUCAAAAAUGCAUGUCAAUCCCAGAUAUGGCCAUGUGCAGACGCAGAUCCUGGCCUAGAAACCAUCCUAUUCGGUCUUGUUAUCGGCCUGUUGGUAGUAGUAACAACAAUACUGCUAUUGUUUCUCAUACAAAAAUCGCCCACCCAACCACAAGAAACCGAUCACAUCAGUCUCCAAAGUGCCACUUUCACCAAUGCCCCCACAAUUAUUGAUCACAAUUAUAAUUACAAUUACAAUUGCACACCUACGCACCCAUAUACACAAAGUUUCCCUCAGAAUCCCGACAAUAUCAAUACCAAUCUCAAUAAUUACGAUUAUCUGCAACAAAAACCAAUUGAAGAUCUACUUCCUCGUGGAUACACUUUUAUCAAAUCCAUUCCACUCCACCCGCCCCCAAACCACUGCAGCCAUAAUUACUACAAUCACCACAAGAUUUCUCCAGCUGAAGAUGACACCCGGCUAAAUAAUUCGGAACACUCGGCUGACACUGACACUGACACAGAUACUGGGACUGGGACUGGGACUAGGACUAGGACUAGGACUGAGACUCGAACUAGAACUAGAACUCGAACUAAAUAUCGUACUGGUGCUGGCAUUGGUACUGGUACUGGUACUGGUACUAAUACUUGUGAUCGUGCUGGUGAUCACGAUCAUGUUGGCAAUGGUACUACUAGUUCUGGCUCUGGUUCUGGUGGUCCUGGUGGUUCUGGUGGUAAUGGUGGUGCUGGCACGACAAUUUCCACACAGAAUUCCAUGUGUUUAAUACCCGCCCAUGUUCCGACUUGCUUCUCAAGAUGGAGUAGACCAUUGGCUAAGCGUGAGAGCCAAUGUUCUCACCAUACUUUUGGUUCAGAUGUUGCCUGGACACAUGUCGUUCCUCGUCUUUCGGCCGAAACCGUCAUGACCUUACCAAAAAGCAUCUACCCCUACCAAACCGGUACCUCGUCGCAGUUUUGUAUGACUCCCGGUUGUGGAAACCAGGCUUUGGAUCCAGAUUACUUUCCAUCACUUUCACAAUCACACUCGGUCAGCAGCAGUCAUCCCAGUCUUGCCCUAGAGCUGACACAUUCAUCAAUUGUCUAUUAUGAAGAUGAUGAUGAUGAUGAAGAAGAUGAUGAUGAUAUAUAA